CACCAUGCCGGAUUUUGCUGGCAUCUGGAAAAUGAAGAGCAGUGAGAAUUUUGAUGAACUUCUUAAAGCUCUUGGGGUGAAUGCUAUGCUCAGGAAAGUAGCUGGUGCUGCAGCAUCUAAGCCUCAUGUUGAGAUCCGUCAAAAUGGUGACUCAUUCUACAUCAAGACAUCGACCACAGUUCGAACCACAGAGAUUAAUUUCACAGUGGGAGAGGAGUUUGAUGAAGAGACAGUGGAUGGCAGAAAAUGCAAGAGCUUACCUGUUUGGGAGAAAGAGAAUAAGAUCUACUGCAAGCAAACACUCGUGGACGGUACUGGACCCCGGACAUUCUGGACUCGAGAACUAGCGGGAGAUGAGCUGAUACUGACAUUUGGAGCUGAUGAUGUGGUCUGCACUCGGAUAUAUGUGAGAGCGUGAGGCACCAUGCUGACUGGUCUUUCCAUUACAAAGACCAUCUUGGCCCCCUUAAAUAAUAUAGAGCUCAUUUCCUGUUUCAAACCCAUGUUUUCUAUUUUAGGGUAAAUAUAUUGUCAUUGACUAACAAUAACAGACAGCACUCUUACAAAACACUGUUUUUUAAUUAAAAUGUUUUGUUGUAAAGCUUGUAUCUGAUAAUGAUGGGUGUAUAACACCUAUAGAAUGAAAGUGAUUGAUAUCAUUGCAUGAUAUAAUGGUGCUAAGCAUUUCUACAUACACUGCCAAGCACUUCUCAUGAGAUAAUUAAAGCUAGCGAGACAUUAACAAAGAAGCAAGAGUUUAAUGUCUAUAAAUCUAUUGCUUUUCCCACUCAAAUUGUCCUUAAAAUUGUUUCCUUAAAUAUUGCAAAAUGACCCAAUGGUAAAAGAAACAUAUCUUCAGGGCACAUCACUCGCUUUUCCAAUCUUUACUUUAACUACCAGAUGUAAAAAUGUUCUGAUCUCAGACUCUGUUUGUAUUAUUGAUAGUCUUAAAGGGACAUAACAGUGCAAUAGUAAAAUGCUCUAAUGCAAUAGGGUCUUUUUUUCUAUCACUACUGUGUUUUCCUGCAUCUAGGUGUUAAUCCCCAGAAAAUGGUUAAACACAAACUUUUAAUAGCCUAUUCUAGAGAAUCAAUACACUUUCUCUACAGAUCUGGGCACUGCCAUUUAGCUAAUCAGGAGCAACACAUGUGCAUUACACAGACAUCCCAAGUCUCCCUGAAGUUCAGGGAGUCUCCCUGAUUGUAAUAGCUGCUCCCUGAUGCCAGCAAAUGGAAUGCAAUCUCCCUGAAACUCCAAGUACUAUGAUCCAAUGUGGCCCAAAUCCGGAAAAGUAUUUCUUUAAAGAAUGCCUUUAGUUGCUAGGACGUUAUAGAACCCCCAAAUCAUGCAUCAGUAACCAAAAAGCCCCCAUUGAUUUUAAUAAAAUAAAACACAAAUACUACCUUAUUUACUGCACGUAAUUAAACUUUGUAUUCUAAAAUAUUUGAGCAUUCAACAAGCGUAUGAUCACUGGAAAAUAGGUUUGUUGUAUGUGGUUCUGCAAUAAAGCUACUUUUUUUUUUAAUGUGACUUUAGUGGGAAGCUACUUUAAUGAUAAGUCUCUAUCUUAUUUAGGGUUUCAAAGUGUCCAAUAUAUAACUGGGAGGGGGGAGGGGGCGGCACAGUAGUGGGUGAAGCCACCUCCCUGAAAUGAGUUUUUGUAGGUUGGGAAGUCUGAUAACAUAGUCCAGCUCAGAAUCAGGAGUGUACUUGGAGCAGGCUUUACCUGUGUGCUUUGUUAGAGGCAUGCAGUAGUGUGACAGUAAAAUCUUCUAGUGCAUUAGAGCACAUUACUACUACUCUAUCAUGGCUCUUUACAUUUAGGCCUAGUAGAUGUUAAUUAUUGCAUAAGCUUCUAACAUAUAUUAAAGGGAGAUGAAACCCAAACAUUUUUCUUUCAUGAUUCAGAUAGAGCAUACCAUUUUAAACAACUUUCUAAUUUACUUUAAUUUUCUUUGUUUCUUUGGUAUCUUUUUGUUGAAAAGCAGAGACAUACGCUCAGGAGCAUGCACGUGUCAGGAGAACUAUAUUGCAGUUUUUUGCAAGAAUGUAAUCCUUUUGUACCACUAUAUCCUGUCAUUUAGUGCUCCAGACAGCUACCUAGGUAUCUCUUCAACAAAGAAUACCUUAGGAACAAAGGGAAUAUGAUAAAAGAAGUAAAUUUGAAAGGUUUUUUUAAAUCCUAUGCUCUGUCUGAAUCACAAAAGAAAAUGUGUGAGUUUCUUAUCCCUUUAAGGAAUAAUCUAUAUUCUUAUAUAUUGCUUAAGGUAUUUGCAGCACUGUACAUGGCAAUUUUACAACAAGGCGGGAGUUAAUGCUUGCAGAGCUUUCCGUUUAAUUGAGUCUACCACAAUCAAAUAUAAAUAAUAAUUUAUCUAAAACAAAGUAUAAUAAUAGUAAUAAUAAUCCUAAAGUUAUAGGUUCAGGUCCUUUCAAGAUUCCAUAUAAUUUAACCCUUGGCUGCCACAUUGGGCUGCAACACAUUGCAAAAGCUUACAGCCAUGUCUAAUAGUCACCUUAUACAAAAAAAUAACACUAACAUAUAAGUAACUAAUGGUGAUAAUAUGUGUCUGCUCCCAUAGACCUUAAAUUGACAAAACUAUUUUUCUUCUAAUAAUUACUCCAAUAUACAAUAAUUUAUGGCGCUCUUGCUAAUAUAUCUGCUUUAAUAAAUAUGUCUCGCCUGCUUGAAAAAUGGCACAGAAAAGACUUGAAACAAUUAACUUAAGAAUGACCAUAGGCUGGGGAACCAUCAUAAACAAAACAAAUAAUGUAAAAGUUAAGUUAUGAUGCAAAGUAUUAUCAAUAAAUAUUUCAUUAAUAAUAUACAAUAGUAUUUUAUGAAUGUUGUCACAAUGUCACCCCUUUUUGUAGCACUGCCACUGUUGUACAAGUGAUUUCUGCUGCCAUAACCACCAUGUAGGUAAACCCAUCAGCAACUAUCCCUUACUGGCAGUGACCCUCCAAGACUGCUAUUAAACCUAAGUGUUAUACAAUACCUACAGCUAUUAACCGCUAUUAAACCCAAGUGUUAUACAAUACCUACAGCUAUUAACCACUAUUAAACCUAAGUGUUAUACAAUACCAACAGCUAUUAACCGCUAUUAAACCCGUGUUAUACAAUACCUACAGCUAUUAACCGCUAUUAAACCCAAGUGUUAUACAAUACCUACAGCUAUUAACCGCUAUUAAACCUAAGUGUUAUACAAUACCAACAGCUAUUAACCGCUAUUAAACCUAAGUGUUAUACAAUACCUACAGCUAUUAACCAUAUCUUGACCUCCAAAACACCCACUAAGUCCCACUAAUAAACCCCCAGCCUUACACUAACCCCUUAUGUGACUUAUCACACCACACACACCAUCUCCUACAUUGCAAAUACUCAUCACUAAAAAUCUUAUACACCUUCAAAAAUAUCUUCUCAAAAUCAAAUUACCCAAAUUAUAAAAAAUAGACCUUAACAAAAAAAGUAAUAGUCUUUAAAAUUGUCUUACUGGUUAAAGAAUCUUCUUUUUUUUUUUUUUUGUUUCAUAUGACCAUAAGUAAUUUUUGUCAGUCUAUGUGCCAAAUGAGAAGAAGCCUUUAAGCUGUUUUAUUUCUUUAUAUUAAUGACCUUUUGUAUUUAUUAUUCUGUUAUAUCAAUACAUAGAAUGCCCUCUGCACCUUUUUUCUUUGUCAUAAAAACACUCAUUAAUUAGAUCAUGGCCAUGUUUUAAUAUGUUCCAAUAAAGGAGUGUUUUUAUGACAAAAUGAAAGGAGCUGUGGACAUUAUAUGUAUUGGAUUCCUUUAUGGAGAUAAAGCAGAGACCUCUGUCUGUAGCGGCACCCUGAAAAAGUGUUUGGUUACUGAGAAAGAAUUGUGGACUAUUCUGCUUUAUGGGAGUUAGGUGUGUGGAAGUCAGAAAUUUGAAAAUAAAAUAACCUUACCUGAAAUCCAGCUAAAACCUCUUCCAUGGUUCCCUCCUAUAAGUAAUAUAAAGGGUUGUCAUUCCUAUUGGUUAAUUAGAUUAACCAAUUAUAAUUGAAGAUGGAUGGGCUCAAUGUCAAAGUUGAGUCUACCAUGCUUCUGGAUUGGUUAAUCACAUUUAAGGGCUAUUGGACAUUUUGUAAUAGUACUUUUUUGCUUUUUGUUAAACUUUGGGGCACUUAAAGGGACAGUCAAGUCCAAAAAAAACUUUCAUGUUUCAAAUAGGGCAUGCAAUUUUAAACAACUUUUCAAUUUACUUUUAUCACCAAUUUUGCUUUGUUCUUUUGGUAUUCUUAGUUGAAAGCUAUACCUAGGAGGUUCAUAUGCUAAUUUCUUAGACCUUGAAGGCUGCCUCUAAUCUAAAUGCAUUUUGAUAGUUUUUUUACCACUAGAGGGCAUUAUUUAACGUGUUUUAUAUAGAUAACAUUUAGCUCAUGCUCAUGAAUUUACCAUGGAGACAGCUCUGAUUGGCUAAAAUGUAAGUCUGUCAAAAGAACUGAAAUAAGGGGUCUGUCUGCUGAGCCUUAGAUACAAGGUAAUUACAGAGGUAAAAUGGGUAUAAUUAUAACUGUGUUGGUUAUGCAAAACUGGGGAAUUAGUAAUUAAGGGAUUAUCUAUCUUUUAAAACAACAAAAAUUCUGGUGUUGACUGUCCCUUUAAGUGUUAGCGGGAAUGUCUGAUAAGGGAAAAUUAGUUAGUUGUUUGAAAUUAGAAUAUUUCCAAUAAGAGGGCCAUGUAAUAGUUAUCAUUAGGGUAGCAGAUUAACUGUUAUGGUUAAUUUUGGUAGAAUAAGGCCAUGGAUCAACUUUAUUGUUGUGGGGAAAGGUCAUGGUUUGUGUUAAUCACCUAUACACCUAUGUAAUAUAGGAACAUGAUGUAUAGCAGCUAGUAUCAGAAGCUCCCUUGUGCCUGACUAUAGCAACCAGCUGUAGAGUUACUAUAUUUUUAAAUAGUAGCUCCAAUGUAUUGACUUGAACAUUGUGCACACAAAUUUACAGUCUUAUGAACACAUUUAAACAGCUAUUUUAACAAGCAUCAACAUAUAGGAAUAUAUAGUACAGAGCUCUUUAAAUAAUAAAAAUUUUCAGCACCAUGAUACUUAUUUGAGACUAAUAAAAGAAAAAUGGAAAACAUUUUCAAAAAUGUUGUUAAUAAAAGGAAAAUGGUUUUAAUUUUUUUUAAAAAUCUAUUAUGACAACACAAUUUUUGCAGUUUCUUUAUUUUAAAUGUAUACCGUUUUUUUCAUGAAGCAAGUCUGAAAUACAGUACAUUUAAGUGCCCUAGGCAUGUACAUUGCUAGGAUGGUAAGUAUAAGUCAGUUUGGAUGGCUGAUGUUAUUUUUUUUUUUAUAUUCCCAAUUGUCUGCAACAAAAAAAACAACAUAAGAAGAAUUAUAUUGUUCACGUAAUAAGGACAAAAUAUAUAAUUUCUAUAGGAAUCUGAAUCUCAUGUAAGUAAAAAAAAUAUAAUAUAUAAGGAAUCACUGAACUUAGAUUGCCUUACAAUGUCACUGUCAUUGCUUUAUACUGCAUUUAGACCCAGACAUUAAAGUAGGCAUAUAAAGCAAUGCACAAUGCUUCACUAUAAGGGCCCGAUUAUCUAAAGGUCUCUGGGUUGGUGAGAUUAUUUAAGAAUGUUUCCCUGAAAAAGGGCGCAUUUUUGUAUAGGAAAGAGAUGCAUACAUUACAAAAGUGCACAAUAAAAAUUGUAAUUUUAAAAAUCCUACAAAAUGAAUAAUUGAACCAUUCACACAAAAGUACACAGGAACAAAUUGUGUUCUUAAAGUGCAUCAAAAAUUGUAGCAAAAAUUGGUCACCAAAAUUCGUAUUUUAUCAAAAACGUAAAAUGUAUAUGUAAAAUUAUGCAGGAAUAAAUUGUAUUAAAUAUGCACAUCAUAAAUCAUAAUUUAAGUACACUAGAUGUGCAAACAAACACAUAGAAAUUCAUACAUAUAAGUACAAAAUACAUAUUGUAAUUGUUUUUUUAUUGUAAAAUGAAACAUGGGCUUUCCAUGGGUGUGUAUGAAAUUGUGUCUCAAAUCCAAGCGUAGUAAUCUACACAUUUCCAUCCUACAGAUCUCAGGUUUUUCUCGGAAAUUAAAAGGUGGCGAGAUUUGAUCAAAAUACUCAAAACAGUUAUUACUCUGAAAGAAACAUAUGAAAAAAAAACAGCGAACUUAAAGUGAAUGUAAAUUUAGAUGAUAAAGUGGGGCACUUUAAUUCGUCAAAAUUUACAUUCCACUCGUGUUGUGAAAAUACUUAACUUUUAAUCUUGACAGCUGCUCCAGCAAUUCCCCCGGUCGUCGCAAGCCUCUUCAUACGUCAGAAAUGACGGAUCGGUCAUCCUCCAAUCACGGCUUCCCCCCGGAGGAAUCAGUGUCUGAUUCAACGCCGUGAUUGGAGGAAGCUGGAUUCCUCAUUUUAGACCCGGGAAGAGGCUUUGCGACGAACAACACGAGUGAAAUAUAAAUUUUGAUGAAUUAAAGUGCCACUGUUUUUAAUGAGAUUUUUAAAAACCGGGCACUUUAUCAUCUAAAUUUACAUUCACUUUAAGGUGCAGUGCACUGAAAACCGCAUAUUUCAAUUUGUAUUAGGAGUAUAACAUUAAAGGGACAGUAUACACCAAUUUUUAUAUAUCCGCAUGUAAUAGAUACUACUAUAAAGUUAAAUAUGCACAGAUACUGAUCUAAAAAUUCAAAUAUAAAAUUCAGUAUAAAACCUUUUAAAAACUUACCUAGAAGCUCCAAGUUUAGCACUGUUGAUUAGGUUAUAGGAACACCCAGGGAAAGUGGCUAAAUUGCAGUCACUCCCCCCAUCCCCCCGGUCCCUGCUUAUGAAAAGGCAGAUUAUACAAAUAGAAGCCAGCAGUAGACUGGAAAAGCGCGUCUACUUCUGGCACUGAGGGGCUUGGUUAGGAGUCUGAAAAUCUGCACAAUGUUAUUACAAAAUAAGCAAAACUAUACAUUGGUACAAAAACACUCCCAAAUGGGCUACAUAAAUGGAUCAUCUACAAAACAUUUAUGCAAAGAAAAAUUUGGUGUAAAUUGGCCCUUUAAAGCUUAAACAUACGCAGGGUUAUUCCUGGGUAAUUUGUCCUCAAUUGCGAACUUUUACAUAGCAGAGAGCUCUAAUUAUUUCUAUGGGAGACAUCUCCGCCCAUUUUCUUUGACAAUUUAGCAGGGCUAAAUGUGGUUUCUCAUGCUUUUCCUUGCAAACUUUUGCUCAUUGGGCCCUAAGUGUCAGCAUUGUUUCCCUCUGUAACUGGAAAUGAGUAAAAACAUAAAAUGUCAGUUUAAAACGUAAACCUACACGACCAGACUGUGCAGAUCAUACAACUGACACAGCACAGUUUAGUAGUUAAAAUGUCUCUUCCUAGCUCAGCUUAUAAUGACUGCAAUUCAUACAAACAUAGUCUGAGUUUAACCUGAUCACUGAAAGGGGCGCCUUGCAUAAAAAAAAAAAAAAAAUCCUUUAUAAACUACUCUCUGCACAAUGUUAUGUUUUGUGUACUGUGCCUUUGAUGACUUAUUGACAUGCCAUUUCUUGUUAAUUUGUGGUUUAAUAAAGUUAUUUCAAUAAAA